CGAUCAUUCUUUGUUGCAACCACGUCCGUCCCAGCGAACGCUCACCAUGAAAGAGAUUAGAUUGUUUCCUAUCUGCGGCGGUUAGAAUUCGAUUGGUACCGUGCGACCACGAAAAACCAUAAAUUAUCAUCCACACACAACCGGUGCCAAAUGGUUUGGCGAUGCAGCAGAAGCAGCAGCAAUGGACAAACGACCGGUGCACCCUUAUUCCAAGGCGAGUGUCUUUAGCAAGUACUUUUUCUGGUGGUUGGUUGAACUGCUACGAACGGGACAGCGGCGGCAGAUCGGGACCGGUGAUAUCUACCAAACGCUAUCGGGACACCGGAGCGAGAAAAUCGGUGCACGUUUCAGUGCCGGUUGGUUGCGGCAGGUGCAGUUGCAGUUGCAGCAAAAGAAGAAGAUUGCGGAAAGUGUCGGUGGAAAUGGGAACAAAGAACGGCACCGACCUUGGCGGCUGCUAAAGGUGGUGUUCAAAAUUUACGGCCCAAGCGUGAUUCUGUUCGGAGGAAUUUACAGCUGGUUGGAAUCUGCUUGCAGAAUCGCUCAACCGUUCCUGCUAGGCCAAUUGAUUCUGUAUUUUGAUCAGGCAGACUCUUCGCCGAUCUCCGAAGCGUACCUGUAUGCGGGCGGACUGGUUCUGACCGUGGUCGCCCCGUUGGCCAUUUUUCAUCUGUACCAAUUGUUUCUGCUGCAGGUGGGCAUGAAGCUGCGAAUCGGAUGCUGUGCGCUUAUUUAUCAAAAGGCCCUCCAACUGACAACCACCCUGUCGGCGGACGGACUCAGCGGUCGCAUCAUCAACCUCAUGUCCAACGACGUCAGCCGGUUCGAUUACGCCAUCAUCUUCCUGAACGACCUGUGGAAAGGUCCUGUCGAGCUGGUGAUCGUCUCCGUUCUGGUCUACCGGCUAAUCGGCCCAACCGGUCUGAUCGGCAUAGCCAUUCUUCUGCUGUUCAUACCGGGCCAGGCAUGGCUCGGUAAACAGGCGGCUUCGUUCCGUCUAAAGACGGCCAUGGCCACCGACGAGCGGGUCAAGUUUACGAACGAAGUGAUCCAAGCAAUUCAGGUCAUUAAGAUGUACGUAUGGGAGCGGCCGUUCGAGCAGGUCGUGCACCGGUUGAGACGGGACGAGAUUCGGGCCCUGCGAGGAAGCGCCUUUAUCCGGUCGGGACUGUUCGCAUUGAAGAUUAUCCCGAAGAUAUCGAUCUUUGCCAGCUUGGUGGCGUACGUGUACGCCGGGAAUGCUCUGACGGCCAUGAAGGUCUACAUGCUGGUGUCGUUCUUCAGUGUGAUUAACCACACGAUGGUGGAGUAUUGGCCGCUGGCCGUGACGUCUUGCGCCGAAGCGUGGGUCUCACUGAAGCGGAUUGAGGAAUUCCUAGAUGAGGAAGGUCAGAUGAACGAUGAUGCGGGUGGCAAGGAAAAACUGAAUUGCGGAGAGGGUAUUGAGGUCAAGGAGAUGCGAGCUGAAUGGGCCGAGUCCAACUUCCGACUGCGGUUGAACGAAUGGACAGUGCGCAAGGGUCAAACUUGGGCAGUUAUCGGACAAAUCGGUAGCGGGAAGUCAUCGAUACUGAAUCUGGUGAUGAAGGAGUUGACGCCGAAGGCGGGAUCAGUUACGAUCAAUGGAACGGUAAGCUACUGUUCACAGAAGCCUUGGGUGUUUGAAGGAACAGUACGCGAGAAUAUUGUAUUCAUUGAACCGUUCGAUGAGAAUCGCUACAACAAAGUGGUGAGGGUGUGUGCCUUGCAGAGGGAUUUGAAGUUGUGGCCCAAUGGUGAUCAGACCGUGGUUGGAGAGCGGGGAGUUAGUUUAAGCGGCGGGCAGAAGGCUCGAGUGAAUCUAGCUAGAGCGAUCUACAGACGGGCAGACAUCUACCUGUUGGAUGAUCCACUUUCGGCGGUGGAUGCCCAUGUCGGGAAGCAAAUCUACGACGAGUGUAUCCAGGGAUUUCUGGGGAACAAGAUCUGCAUUUUGGUCACUCAUCAGCUGCAGUAUCUGAACGGGUUGGAUCAUAUUUUGAUUAUGAAGGACGGUGAAAUCGAAGCUAAGGGAUGUUACGAAGAAGUGCGAGAUUACUUUAAAAAUAUAGAACAGGCAAGGGAAUCCACGGGUGAAGAUUCCGAGGAGCUUACAGAAGCAAAGCCACUUGUGGACGACGACGAGAAUCGGGAAGAUAUGCCUAGUUCCAAGGUCGAGGAAACUCAGAAUGAUGGAAACGUUGGAUUCAAGGUAUACAAAGACUUCCUGAAAUCGGUAAACAGCAGUCUUUUCGUUGCGUUAGUAGCGCUGUUACUCCUCGCUUGGCAGACGUCUUCCACUGGAAUAGACUACUUCCUAUCCAUCUGGGUUAACUGGGAGGAGCAGUACUCCGAUUCCGCCGACGCAACCUGGAGCACGGAUACUCACGUUCUGUUGUACACUUCACUCAUCGUGCUGACCCUGGUGCUAUCGAUUAACUCGUUCGCCUUCUUCGAAAUGUGUCUCCGGGCUUCGCUUCAUCUACACGCCGCACUCUACCGAGGCAUAUCCCGAGCGACCAUGUACUUCUUCAACAACAAUUCCUCCGGGCGGGUCAUCAAUCGCUUCUCCAAGGAUAUUGGUCUCAUCGAUGCCAGUCUACCGGUUGUGAUGAUCGACAGUUUGUAUUUCUUCCUGGAGUUGACGGGAAUCAUCGUGGUCGUAUCGCUGGCGAACUACUGGCUUCUAGGUCCGACGGCCGUCAUGGCCGUCCUGUUCUACAUCCUCCGGUUCAUGUUUCUGAAGACGGCACGCAAUGUCAAACGAGUGGAGGCGAUCACACGCAGCCCGAUUUUUGCCCACACGAAUGCCACCGUGGAAGGAUUGGUUACGGUUAGGGUGUUUCGAGCGCAGCGGCAGAUGAUGACACAGUUCGACGCCCGACAGGACCUGAAUUCGUCGGCUUCGUUUCUGUUCGGCGCCAUUACCCGGGGGUUUGCCUUCUGGCUGGAUCUGAUCUGUACGUUGUACAUUGCGGCCGUAGUGUUCAGCUUCCCGGUGUUGGGCAGAGAAAUCGUCAGCGGAAACGUUGGACUGGCCAUCACGCAGGUGUUGAACUUGAUCGGGAUGUGCAACUGGGGACUGAGGCAGACUGCCGAACUGGAGAAUCAGAUGACUUCGGUUGAACGGGUUCUGGAGUAUUCUCGGCUUGAGGAGGAGGACGAUGAGGAGACACCAUCAAACGAUAACGUUCCAGAGAAAUGGCCUCAGGAAGGGGGCAUCGUGUUCCGAAACGUGUCCUUGCGAUACUCUCCCCAAGCCGAACCGGUGCUGAGGGAGCUUACGUUCGAGAUUAAAGCCAAGGAACGUAUCGGCAUCGUCGGCCGUACCGGUGCCGGUAAGUCAUCGAUUAUUCAGGCCCUCUUUCGGCUGGCACCAAUCGACCAAACCGACGACGACGGAGGAGGAACCAUCGAAAUCGACCGAAUUGCCAUCGGGGCAAUUCCGCUGCGUCGCCUCCGGGCUGCCAUCUCGAUUAUCCCCCAGGAACCGGCCAUAUUCUCCGGCAGUUUGCGAACGAAUCUCGACCCUUUCGGGGCGCUGGAGGACGACAGGAUCUGGCAGGCGUUGGCGCAGGUGGAACUGAAGGAGCUGGUGUCGAGCUACGGCGCCGCCGGACUCGAAACCAAAAUGGUCGAGGGAGGUGCCAACUUCAGUGUCGGUCAACGGCAGCUGAUUUGCCUCGCGAGAGCCAUCCUGAGGGACAGUCGGAUCUUGAUACUGGACGAGGCGACCGCAAGCGUCGAUCCGGAAACCGAUAGAUUGAUCCAAUCGACGAUCAGACACCAGUUCCGGGAGUGCACCAUCCUUACGAUAGCUCACCGAUUGCACACCAUCAUGGACAGUGACCGCGUGCUGGUGAUGGACGCCGGUCGAACGGUGGAGUUUGACAGCCCGGCGAAUCUCCUGCUCAAUCGCUACGGAUACUUCCGAAAGCUGUUCGACGAAACCGGAAUGGACGUCAACCGGUACAUUUAGCACUAAGUGACAGUACCAAUAAAGCUUCAUUUGUAUCAA